UUCCCGUCCGUCCGUCCGUGCUCCGUGUGCCUGGAGAGAGUGGCAUGGGGGCGGGAGUGAGGUGCGGGCGAGCUCGGGAGGGAAGGAGAUCGCUGUGACACUCCGCAGGGGGACUCGCGAGCGAGCACGCCGAGCACCGGGCCGCACGGUGGCCAUGGGGACGUGGGCGUCGCUGGAGGCGCUGUGGGAGCUGCCGGCAGAGAAGCGCAUCUUCGGCGCCGUGCUGCUCUUCUCUUGGGCCGUGUAUCUCUGGGAGACCUUCCUGGCGCUGCGGCAGAGAAGGAUAUAUAAAACAACAACUCAUGUGCCACCAGAAUUAGAACAGAUUAUGGAUUCAGAAACAUUUGAGAAAUCUCGACUGUAUCAGCUGGAUAAAAGUACUUUCAGUUUCUGGUCUGGAUUCUAUUCAGAGAUUGAAGGCACGCUUAUUCUUCUCUUUGGAGGAAUCCCUUAUCUCUGGAGACUUUCUGGACGGUUCUGUGGCUAUGCUGGCUUUGGAUCAGACUAUGAGAUCACUCAGUCCUUGAUGUUUCUGCUGUUGGCUACACUUUUCAGUGCACUGACUGGCUUGCCAUGGAGUCUUUAUAAUACUUUCGUUAUAGAAGAAAGACAUGGUUUCAAUCAACAGACACUGGGAUUCUUCAUGAAAGACGCAGUCAAGAAAUUUGUUGUAACCCAGUGUAUUUUAUUGCCUGUGUCUUCACUUUUACUGUACAUUAUUAAAAUCGGUGGUGACUAUUUUUUUAUUUAUGCUUGGCUGUUCACAUUAGUAGUUUCUCUGGUGCUUGUCACAAUUUAUGCUGAUUACAUUGCUCCUUUAUUUGACAAAUUCACACCUCUGCCUGAGGGAAAGCUUAAACAGGAAAUUGAAAUAAUGGCGAAAAGCAUUGACUUUCCUUUGACCAAAGUGUAUGUUGUUGAAGGAUCUAAGCGCUCUUCCCACAGCAAUGCUUAUUUUUAUGGCUUCUUCAAGAACAAACGAAUAGUUUUGUUUGACACUCUACUAGAAGAGUACUCGGUACUAAACAAAGACAUCAAGGAGGAGUUGGCUGUGGAGCCUCACAAUGAUGGAGAUGGGGACAGUGAAGAAAUUAAAGCUAAAGUUAAAAAUAAGAAACAGGGAUGCAACAAUGAAGAAGUACUUGCUGUGCUGGGUCAUGAGUUGGGGCACUGGAAGUUGGGACACACAGUCAAAAAUAUCAUUAUUAGCCAGAUGAAUUCUUUCCUGUGUUUUUUCUUGUUUGCUGUAUUAAUCGGUCGAAAGGAGCUUUUUGCUGCAUUUGGUUUUUAUGACAGUCAGCCAACUCUAAUUGGUCUCUUGAUCAUCUUCCAGUUUAUUUUUUCACCUUACAAUGAGGUUCUUUCCUUUAGCCUAACAGUCUUGAGCCGCAGAUUUGAGUUUCAAGCAGAUGCGUUUGCCAAGAAACUUGGGAAGGCCAAAGACUUGUAUUCUGCUUUAAUCAAACUGAACAAAGACAAUCUGGGAUUCCCCGUUUCUGACUGGCUCUUUUCAAUGUGGCAUUAUUCUCAUCCUCCACUACUUGAGAGACUUCAAGCUUUGAAAACUUCUAAAGAAGAGUGACUUGCCCAGGGUCUGCAGCCGAAGACAUUGGUAUUAUCUGUGUCCUGGCAGCAUGUUCCGGCUCUUGAUGUUUUUAAACUUUUUUUUUUUUAAAGAAAAAUUAAGUACAGAAAAGUCCAGAUUUAAAUACAUUUAAUAUCUCAUUUCAAAAAUGAUUUUAAUGAUGCAUUUCUUAAAGAAACAUUAGAUAAAAUUUUGGGGCUUAAUGUUUUUAAAGGCAUAGUUUUAUCUUUAACAUCUGGUUUAGCAUCAACUUGGAAAGUGUCUUGAGGAAGUACAAGACUUUUUGUUAAUUCCACACUUGUAUGGAGUCCAUAUAUGAGGUGUUGGAGGGCAUAUAUUUAAAAGUUUUGUGUCAGGAUUGUGGCCCCAGGCCUUUGUACUCAUACUCAGGAUGAGACUUGUUUUCCUGUGCUGUCCUGGUGUAACUUGGCCAAUCAGUGUUUUAAAGGACAGAAUGGAAUAAUUUGCAAAGGCUAAUAUGAUUUCAGUGGAAAACAUUAGAAAUAGACUAUUUGUUUUACCAAAUGCCUCAGUUUCCUAUCUUGCCACACUGAUGAAGGGCUCCUAAGAGUGCUUUCAAAUGAGGGAUUAUGUGUAAGAUAUUUGAAAUCUUUUGGGUUUGUUUCUGCUUUUAAAGAAAGUCUUAAUUUCCUUUCCACUUCUGCAUAUGGUCCAGUAGGGACAGACUCAUUUAUUUUUCAAAACAUUUAACUUUUUUUCACUCACUCCUUUAUCCAGUAUACUGCAUUCUUUCCCUCACACAGAAAUUGCCAUCUUGAACGGGUUUUGCUAUUUUAAAAGAGAAAGAUAUGAAAAGAAGUAACAUUUUAAAAGGCAUAAAGGUGAAAUACUGAUGAUUCUCUUAUGAUAUUACAGGGAAAAUAUAGUUUUCUAUUUCUUGAAGGAGAGAAGAGUUUCCAUUUUUAUUUUUGUAAUUUUCAGCAGUUAAAUCAUAUGUAAUAUUUAAUCAGGCUCGGGAGGUUUUGAAAUGUAUAGUUCUUGAUAUGCAGAUUGUUUUAUGCUGUCAUGAAAUGUCAUGAAAUGAAUGUCAUGAAAUGUUUCUUUUGCCACUUUGAAACUGAGUGCUUGCUUCAAAUCUUUGUCCACUUUCUGACACUUAAUUUGUGCCUGAGGCUCUCGCCUGCUGGAAUAUUUAUCUUCUGGGCACUGAUUCCACAGUGGGAUCAGCCAUCACCCUCUAUCUCUGGCAGAACUUCUGCUUUUUUGGUAUUUGGGUGAUGCCUUUACAUGGAAAUACAAUAAAAAUAAAUGUGAACCUAGUAUUGCAUUAUUUAUUUUCUCAAGGCUAAAGAGGAGCAGUCUUAUAAUUUAUCCAGCAUCUUAUCUGUGAAUUCAUGCUGUGAUAACUGCCUUUUCUUCCUUCUGUGCCUUUAAAUUCAAAUUUCAGUUCUGCACAAAUGAAACAUUAAAAAUUGCCAAUGCA